UGUGGGGGGCGGGGCGACGCGGCGCAUGCGCGGUGCGGGGGGAGACGGCUGCAACACUGUAUCGGGAGGCUGGGGAGCAGCAGCAGGACAGCACAGCUAAAGCAGAGAGAUGUCAGUGCGAGCACUGUAUCCGUGGGAGGAAAAAGCAACAGCAGCAGAGGGAUGGGAGAGGGAGGAAUGUCUUGAACAAGAGGAGCAAUGUCACAGCUAAAGUUGUGCUUGCUAGCAGCAUUAGAAGCCCAGAGGAAAGCCUGUGUGUAAGAUCUAAACCUCAGAUGGCGGGCAGAAGGCAAGCAAUGGAUAGGACGCAAAGGAAGGAGAACGCUGAUCGUUGCGAACACAGGGACGUGGGGUUUGAGAAGUUUGAUCCGGCCGCCUCCGAUUCCAAAAUCCAAGCUCUCAUCUCGUCGGCGGUAUCGUCCAACAGUAGCUUCUUCGAAAACGCGUCUUCGCUGUACGGCGUGUCGGAGCGCAGACACGACCUCAACUGCGGCGGCUCUAAAGCAGGGCUCCUCAAGCACGCUCAGAAUGAGGCGGGGGAGAUUAACGCCGGGCUGCUUCUGUCCGAAACCACGUGCAAGAAAUACGCGCUAAGGAAAAAGACUCUCAUACAGUACAACCAGGAGAACAGCUUCGAGCAGAUCGAUUGGGCGGCAUUUUGCAAGGAUGAGCCGAAUACCUCAACGUCGACCGAAAGAUGCCAGGAUUACGCCGUGGCCUCUCGAUUGCACCUCAAAAGCAGCCUGUUCGACAAGAACCUGAAAUCGAAAUGCAAAGGGAGUCGGAAGAUGUUGGUUAAAAUCGCGAAACUCAAUCUCCAGAAGUACCUGGUCCACACGGAACGAAAGUCAAAACUGUGCCAAAAGCUUUUAACGCCCAACAAUCUGGGCGCUGGCGUCCGAAUCCACUCGCUCCCUGUGCCCGGGCAAAGUGUUGCGGCGGCGCCACCCGUGAAGAAGGGGAGGCGAAGCAAGGUAAUGGUCUUGCCCACGGGCGAGAUGCCCGUAGUCAUCAAAAGGAAACGGGGACGGCCAAGAAAGGUGCUGCCGGAAGGGACCAGCGAAACCCCCAACCACGUCAAACGAAAGCCGAGGCAUCACAAACUGUCUCCGCCACAGCCCUCCUACAUUGCUGGCUCCAACGACAGUGCGACAGACUAUGCAGAUGUUUUGUCCAAAUUGGCCUUUUUAACGAAACAAAGCCUGAUCCUCGGCAGGUGCUCACCGCCCAGGUGUUGGUCGCCCAGCGACCCUGGUUCCUUCCACAGGUCGGCAUCCAUCCAUCAGGACAUGUCUCAGUUCUACCGGACUCUAGCCGGCACCCGCAGGAGGGGGGGGAAAGCGGGCUGUCCGAGGGGCAGGCAGAUAGGCCAGCUGACCGAAUCGUCCACCUUCAGCGACUUCUUCGAGGGCAUCGGCAAGAAGAAAAGGAUAUUCUUGGGCGAGACCAAACUGCAUGCGCGCAAAUGCAAGUGGGGGACGGAGAUGAGAGAGAAGCCCGUGCAGAGGAGGAAACCGUACAAACGUGCAACUCCCUUUCCGGAGCAAGGACGCUUUCAAGGCGUGAACCCCGACAAUUCGGAAUGGGCGAGGCAAGGGGAUAGUUGCUGGACGGCCAACCAAGGGUAUCCUUCAAAGCAGCAAGUCAGGAAUGGUCUGUAUCCAUCCUACAGUCACCUGGGCAUGUCCACGCAGUCCUUUCCUACCACUGUGUGGGAGUCGAGUUCCGCGUCCAGAAACGGCUACUUGAUGGGUCGUCUAUCUUCCGGCCAAAGCAACGUCGCUCAGCAAAGUCCCGGGUGCAUCGCUGGCUAUUUUCGCUCUCUCCUCGACUCAGACGAUUCUUCGGAUUUGAUGGAUCUGUCCUUCUCCCAGGCCGGGCAAGAGUCGUGCAGCAUCGCCGGGGGUUACGGAGUCAAUAACUCGACACAAACCCAAACCUCGAGGCAAGCCACGCAUUACCAGGACGGCUUCGACAAAACCAGCUCUCCCAGUUGCUCUGGCGGCCAGCAGCACAUAAAUCAAAUGGGACAGACGUACCCACAGAUGAUCCCAGAUAAUUCCGACGCUGUGGAUUUUGGUUCUUCUUACUCGUCGGACACUGAAACUUUCCAAAGAAUCGCUCCUCAAUCAUCUCUAUCUAGACACGCUGCGCUGUCGUGUCAGCAGGCCGCGGAUAGCUACUGUCAGUACAGCAGCUACAGAGCCAAAACCCAGAGCUUCAGCAGCUCGGAGGUAAUACAGCCGCCGAGAGAGUACCCUGCUCUCGACUUUCUGGGCAACCGAGAUUGUACAUAUGGGUACGACUCAAGCAAUAAUGGUACGUCCGCCCAAGGCACUUCUACUGAUAACACGUACAGCCAGCGUGGAAUAGGUACGAGCCUACACUUUAACAAGGCCUCGUCUUCAUUCAAUUCUUUCAGAGCAGACCGCAGUCCUCACGCUUUGCACGCGUCCUUGACCUGCGAAGGUUACUCGGACGCCAUUUGUUCCAUGGAUCACGUGUCUCAGAAGUACUUCAGUUCUUUACAGUCGGCAGCGGCGGCGGGCGAUCCCACCAGGAUGGCAUUUGCCCGGGGCCUUCAGCUGAGCUGCAAGUCGGGCUUUAACCUUUGCGAUGGGAACAUGGGGUGUUUUGGCCACCAUUACACCCCAGUGUUGGACUAUCACCUGAAUGAGUCGAAGGACAUCUUGGACAUUUCAAACUACACGCCUCAAAAGGCAAAGCAGAGGCCGUUUCCGGAGGCUUUUGCCGAUUCCUCGUCCCACUUUAGCACCUCUUUCGACAACUCCGAAGCUGCCGUCAACGCAGGCGGUAACCUGGGAACUGAAGAAAAAUCCAGUCUCUCGAGUCUGGAGAAACUAAUGAUGGACUGGGAUGAAACAACGCCUCUUGACAGAACGAUGCCCAAAGUUGGUGCCAGGCGUCAGUGGAACCAUCACAUCCCUUUCCCCAGUGAUUCGAAAACUACCUACGGAAGGCGUAGGAGAGUUGACAUCUCCAGCCCGUCUCAUUUGGUUUUCCCUUCAUCUCCUCCCUUUCCCGCUAGAAAGGCGACAACGCCAAGGCAGCCCAGGAACACCAGAAGCCCCUGCGCGUCCAAUAAAAAAGAACAGUCGGCCAGGAAAUCAAAGCUGUCACAGAGAUCUCAAGGCACGAAUCCUGUAUUCUCCGAGAGCUCAGAAUGCAGUUUGGAUUAUGGCUACGGCGGAGAGAACAGCAGGCAGACAAUUCUCUCUCACCCCCAAAACUUCAACCCUCAGAAAAGCGAUCAGAAAGAAUAUUGUAGCAUGUUUUCUGCCGGUUGUACUACACCCAUGCCCGAUGACAAUUUUCCUCAAAGGUUCCCUGGUAAUGAUAUUCAAGAGGCUGUUUCUAUGUUCCCAGACUUGAAGCCGUCAGCGUUAGAAACAGAAACCUUCCAAAGCCCUUCACGGCAACUCUCUGCCCAAACGCUACAACACUCGAUCAGUCAAGACCAAGAGAGAUUGCUGUCUGACAGCCCGGACCUUUUUAGUUUGCCGACCUCAGGAUACGUCGAGAAUCUACCGUCGAACGAAGGGAAGAAGCACCCAGCUUUUUACGACUCGUUGGAUAAUAGCACAGGGUCGGACAUUGCUCAAAGCAGCGUGGUACCCAACAGAGAUUUGCCCUUGUCCCAACUCCAAUAUGAAACUGAUAGUGCGUCUGCUUUGGAAACGAACACAAGGUAUUUGCAGAAUUCUGCUCCUUACGGCUCGCUGGAUGAGAACAGGAAGGAAGCUGAAAUGUCGCUGUUAGGAAUGCAAGGAAGGAACAACAUCCCCAGUAUCGCCUCCCAGAUCAUCCACCUGAACGCCGUAGCACAAAUAGACAAAGAAACGCAGAAACUCGGGUUAGAUCACGGCGGUUCUGCUUACGCUGCUGCCGUGGCAAACGCCUCGCCCGCCUCCAGCGAUUCCUCAUUACACGUGGACAAUAAUUAUAGUGACGUACAAGGAAACCAUAGACAGGCAACACUGGGUUUACUACUCGACCAAAAUCUGCAUGAGGUGUACACAGGAGGUGCUUCGCAGUGACUCCUAACAGCAAUGCAGGAAAGCCAAUGCAAAUAGGAAUGGUUGGAUCAAGGUUUUUUUUUCCGCGGAGCAAUUAAGAAUGCGUAAAAAGCCCUGCGUGAAAUCAUUGGGAGAGUUUUAUUGUGAGCUGACUGUUUUCAGGAAAACCACAUUUUCGACUUCCGAGAUUAAUGUAAAAUGGACUCCUGCAAAGACAAUCACACAGAAUUGUGGGGAAAGAUGAGCAGAAAAGACGCAGACAUUUUUUUUUAGAAGAAAAAAGGACAUUGCACUUUGAGAACUGCGGCGAAGAAGCUCUUGUUUAUAAUCCACCUUUGAAAAGUACCCGGAAUCGGACCCAAAAUGCUGACUCUUUGCUCAUUUACACAAUCCAUCUUUUAGACGGCUACAAACAUGGGGUAGAGUUGGACCCAGCUGUUCAGCUGAAAACAAGAACCGCACAAGAAACAUGGUACUGAUGUGCCAUACAAUGUGUAUUUUGGCAGCUCUUUAAUUGCUUGGAGUCAGCAAUGCUGUCGAGAGCUCAUGAUCCUUUUUUUUUCCCCCCCGUUUGUCACCCCAUUACACAGUGACAAUACAUGUUGUUUUAUUAUAAAUACAUAUGUUUUUUUUAAAAGCGAAAUGUACAGUUUUUAUAAACAGUAUUUAACCGAGGACAGAAUUAGAUGUGUCACGUGGGCACCAGCAGUUCUUUUACUGUACAAAUAUAUCUGUAAAUUCUUUAUAUCGAUUAUAGCUAGUGCUUCGAAUAUGCACUGAAAUGUUUUGCCUGACGAAUGACAGAAAAAGGUUAUAACGUAUUUAAUGUAUAUAAUGUUUUAUUUAAGAUGUGUUUUUAUUGUACUCUGUACCUACCUGUAGUGAUUAUUGUGAGGUUGCAAGGUUGGUUUUUAGCACAUUUUUUUGCCUCCAUGCAGUGUGCACCCAAAGAUAUAUCUUUGUAAA